GUACUGGAAGAUCGGGAAAAUGGAAAAUGAGCACCGGAAAAUGAUGGAGGACGAAAACGAAAACAUGGAACAUGUGCCCCAUGUGGACGAAAGUUCUGCAAAACUCUCUACAGAUGAAAAAAAUGAACCUAAACUACCACAAAAAAAAUAUUAUAGACAGCGAGCCCACUCGAAUCCAAUAUCUGACCACAAUUUAGAUUAUCCUAUCAAACCAGAUGAAAUGGAUUGGUCAUCAUAUUUUCCAGAUUAUUGUAAGCCACCAUCAGAUACAAAUGAUAAAACUGUUGUCAAACAUCAAGUAGAAUUUGCUGAUAUUGGUUGUGGCUAUGGUGGAUUGUUAGUGAAAUUAUCUCCCUUAUUUCCUGAUACACUAAUGUUAGGAAUGGAGAUAAGAGUGAAAGUGUCUGAUUUUGUGAAAGAUAGAAUACAAGUUCUUCGAUUGAAAGAACCAGGAAAAUAUCAAAACAUAGCAUGUAUAAGAUCAAAUGCCAUGAAAUAUCUCCCCAAUUUCUUCUGUAAAGGACAGUUGGCAAAAAUGUUUUUCCUUUUUCCUGAUCCUCAUUUUAAAAAGACAAAACACAAAUGGAGAAUUAUCAGUACCACUUUAUUAGCAGAGUAUGCAUAUGUGUUAAGAGAAGGUGGUUUAGUAUAUACGAUAACUGAUGUUAAAGAUUUACAUGAAUGGAUGGUUGAACAUUUUAUUAAAUUUCCACUGUUUGAAAGGGUACCUGAAGAAGAAUUAAGUAAUGAUAUAGUUGUAGAGAAACUAUAUGACAGUACAGAAGAAGGACAGAAAGUAACUAGAAAUAGUGGUGAUAAAUAUUUGGCUGUAUUUAGAAGAUUACACGAUGAGUGUAGUGAUACUAGUUGACAAGUAUUGAAUAAAAAAUAUGAUAUACAAACGUUAUAGCUGUGAUAGAUGUUUCAUUCUUUAUCAUACUAUGGUCAAAGACACAAAAAAGUCUAUUGAAUUUCAGUGGAGUUAUUACCUUUUAAAGCUUUGUGAAUGCUAUACAAUGAAAUUUAUUAGCCUGGCUACUGUAUAUUUACAUGCCUUGUUUCAAUUAAUGAGGCAUGAAAGUCUAUCAGAUUUCAGCAAGUUUCGAAUUUUACUCCAUAACUUAUUGCCAUUGCUCACUUUUUAAAUCUUGUGAAUGCUUGUCAGUUUCAAUAAUGUCUUAUGUCUUACUGCUAGAUUUAUUUCCCUUGCUCACUAUUUAGAAUAUUACAUUAUUUCUAGUGAUAUUAAUAGUUAAAAAAAUGAAAGUAUGCAAACCUUUAUUCACUACUCAGACCUCUUAGCUGCUGUUGGUGUAUAUUUAUUGCCUGGCAACCUGUCUUUUCCUUGGGUUCCAAAAAGUCCACUGUUUAGAGUUUGAUAUUUGAAAUUGUUGCUUUGACAUUGCACAUAUAAAGAUAGAUAAUGUUAACCUGUGAAAAUGUUAAAGAGUUAUAUAUUGUAAUUGUAUACUGAAUCUUUAUCAAGAAUGCCAACCAUCAUCAUGUAUAACACACUAUUUAUCAUGUCAUUUAAUAUAAUAAACAUGUUCACAUUGUU